AUGCUGGCUGCAAGACGCCGGGCGACGACCCUGAUCCAGGGUGUGUCUACCGUAGAUGACAGUGCACAGCUAUACGCCCUCGUCAGCGGUAUGACGGGGGAAGAAGACGGCGACGUCUUUCUCGAGGCUAUGCCUGCAGUCGAUGCUCUUCUUAAACUGGACGAAAUGUCCCUUGAAGAGUUUAGCAGUGCCUUGAAGGCUUACGAUUCGGCCGAAGUGGUCAUUGUACGACCGGACGAGGAGAUAAACUCGUCACCGCUUUCGAAUGAAGCUAUCUUGGAGGACACCAAGCGAGUGCUAUAUGCACAAAGUGGAUCGUCGAUCCUACGGAAUCCCUAA